AUGGCACCGACUGUGAAAUCAAUCCCAGGAAACAAAGAGAAUCGUUACAGAGGAGUAAGGAAGAGACCAUGGGGUCGUUACGCAGCGGAGAUUCGAGAUCCAACGAAGAAAGCUCGAGUUUGGCUCGGUACUUUCGACACACCUGAAGAUGCGGCUCGUGCUUACGACAAAGCUGCUCUUCGAUUUCGUGGAGCCAAAGCCAAAACCAAUUUCACUUAUUACAAUAACAACAACGAGAGUCCGACUCAAAGUAGCAUCGUUGAUGAAUCGAUUCCUGAUCUUAAUCUUGGAUCUGUUGAUUCGAGAUUUCCUUUUCCUAAGAUUCAGGUUCAAUCUGGGAUGAUUGUGUUCGAUGAAGCUAGUGAAUCGGAAUCAUCAUCUGUUGUGAUGGAUCUUAGUCCUCCUGAGAAACGAUCUGUGUUGUUGGAUUUUGAUCUCAAUUUCCCUCCUCCUGAAAACUAA